AUGUCGUCCUUGUGUACCCCCUUUGCCACUCCGGCCUUGACCCCGUCUGCGUCCCCAUCGGUCUCCCCGACAGUCCACUUUGCCCCGACUCCUCAGACUCCAGAGGACCCCAAUUACUAUCCGGAGGAGCUGGCAUUCACGCCAGAGCCCCCGCACCACCGCAAGCUGCCCAUCACGACCCCGACCCCAGUGUACGACCUGUCGUACACGUACGACUACCCCAAGCUCGAGUACCACACCCCAGCCCCCGUCGCAGACCCCCUGGGUCUUGGACUGGGUGGCCUCGACACGGUCGAGUACAAGCCGGUACUGUCGUUCACCCCGGCGUCGGAUGAGUACUCGUACUGGCCUUACCCCAUGGGCCACACACCGUCCGACAUGCUCCAGUCCAUGACCCACAUGUACGACCAGCUGGAGGACGAGCUCCAGUACUACCUGCCCGAGAAGAUGACGGCCGCACAAGCGUACAACAUGAUCAAUGUCCCCCGCUGCCUGCAGCUCCUUGACAGCAUGCUCGAACCUUGUGCUGCCGUCCACGGUUCUGCGGCACUCAAGGUCUGGCUCAAGUGGGUCCAGUCCCUCAUGGUCGCUACCAAGCGCUCGUCCUUUGUGCUCCCAACUGCACUCCCCGCAGAGGACAAGGAGCUCUUCCGGACCUAUUCACAGCACUGGCGUCGUCGUCGCGGCGGAGCAUGUGACCUUGGCAAGCCCGAAGCCCAGAUCGUCCUCAUCUGCCUCGCCGAGCUGGCCGACUAUUAG